AUGCUCAGUGCCAGCAGCCAGCGCUGGAGGGGGACAAGAGCCUUUAAAACAUCUCGAGCCCUCUCAAACUUCCUUACAGGCGGUGCUCUUUCAGACCGGGUUUACUUCCUCCAGUCUCCCUCGCUUCUCUCUUCCUUAACUCAUUGUUGGAUUACUUAUCUAGAUCAGUAAACAUGGCAACGCUGAGAGCUCUGAGAAAAUUCUGCCAGCAAUCUAAGCAUCAAGUGUGCAGUCUACAUAUGUCCGCAUCAAGACAGGAAGCUGUGGUCAUCUCAGGCAGGAAGUUGGCCCGUCAGAUCCGGGAGGAGGCCAGGACCGAUGUGGAACAGUGGGUCUCCACUGGCAACAGGAGACCCCACCUGAGCGUGGUCCUUGUAGGAGAUAAUGUAGCCAGUCACUCCUACGUCCUGAAUAAGACCCGGGCUGCAGCUGAUGUUGGUAUCAGCAGUGAGACCAUCCUGAAGCCCUCCUGUAUCUCUGAGGAUGAACUCAUGGACCUGAUCUACAAACUCAACACAGACCACCGGGUGGAUGGCCUGCUGGUGCAGCUGCCUCUGCCAGAACACAUUGACGAGCGGCGCAUCUGUAAUGCUGUGUCCCCCGACAAGGAUGUGGACGGCUUCCAUGUGGUCAAUGUGGGCCGUAUGUGCCUGGACCAGUCCACCAUGCUGCCCGCCACUCCCUGGGGAGUCUGGGAAAUUAUCAAACGCACAGGAAUUCCUACCCUUGGAAAGAAUGUUGUGGUAGCGGGACGCUCCAAGAAUGUGGGCAUGCCCAUUGCCAUGUUGCUGCACUCGGAUGGACGCCAUGAGAGGCCAGGGGGUGAUGCCACGGUCACUAUCUCUCACCGUUACACACCAAAGGAACAGCUCCGUCAGCACACAAGAAUUGCAGACAUCGUUGUUGCUGCUGCAGGGAUUCCAAACCUCAUCACCGCAGACAUGAUCAAAGAAGGAGCAGUCGUUAUUGAUGUUGGAAUAAACAGAGUGCAUGACCAUGUGACUGGCAAGGACAGACUUGUAGGGGACGUGGAUUUUGAAGGUGUGAGACAAAAGGCUAGCUUCAUUACCCCAGUGCCUGGAGGAGUAGGACCCAUGACAGUGGCCAUGCUUAUGAAGAACACAAUCAAGGCAGCUAAGAACCUCCUGCUGACUCCUGCUGAGAGGAUCCGCAUGGUAGCCUCUUCAUAACAAGCCAUACCUGACUUCAUCAAGUGACACAUUCCAUCCCACCAUCCCUUCCCUUUUUACUCUGAGCAACUCGGCGAACUCCACUGCACACAGACACAGAUCGAAACAUGAUUGCUUUAGGAUUCUCAACUUGCUGGUACCUUACACUUUCAUAAUCUCCACCCGCCAUUUCAGACUAAUACAACUCAGCCAUUCAGCUACUAUAUACGCCUUGCAAAAGUAUUCAUCCCCCUUGGCGUUUUUCCUAUUUUGUUGCAUUACAACCUGUAAUUUAAAUGGAUUUUUAUUUGGAUUUCAUGUAAUGGACA